AUGGAUGAAAUUCUAUAGUAGAAAUUUUUUUCAAAACUCUUGUAAUUUGUAGAAAUACUUUUAUUCUAGUUAAGUAAUUUAGUUUUUCUGACCCCGAAUCCCUCUAGCUAGGUGGCUCUGUAGCAAACUACCACAAGAACAAGAAUGGAAGCCCUGGCGGAGCUUGAACGAGUUCAAACCCAGCUCCUGAAACGCAUAUCGGAGUUAGAAAAACAAAACCAAAACCACUCCACUCCAUCAACUGAUUCUCCCAUCGUUGACGAAGCUGACACCGUUACUCGUCUUUCCUCCAUUUUGCGCUCUAACGCCGUUAACGACUUUUCCUUCAAGAGGGUCCCACCUGAUUACUACGACUGGUCUCUUGAAGCUCGACGCGAUGCCCUCGCUGCUCACUCCAUCCACCAUCUCUGCAAAAGCAUCGUUUUGGUUAACACGCAAGCGCCCGCUAAUGUCGUUGAUUGUAGCGAUCGCAAAAACUCCAAGUAUUAUGUUGUUGUGGUUCAGUACACAGCGCGGUUCAAUGCCGAGGCUGUCAAGAAUUUUCUGUAUUCGCUCAACAAUGGAAGCAUAGCGAAGAAGAAAUUCAACAUGAGGCUGGCUCCUGAGCAGACAUCCACAGACUUAACUGGAUAUGGGCACAAUGCAGUGACUUGUAUUGGCAUGAAAACUGACAUUCCGGUGAUUUUGGAUGAAGCUAUCGUAAAACUGACCCCAGAUUUCUUCUGGUUGGGUGGCGGUGAGGUUGAUCUUAAGCUUGGAAUAAGGACCUCUCAGUUAAUCAGAUUUGUCAACCCCUUCAUUGUCAACUGUAGCGGUAGUUGAUUUUGUUACACAAAGAAGUCAGCAUAACUAACAGCGCUUGGAGCUUCACUAUUUGCAGCUUCCCACUGCAUAUGAAGUUAUGUAGUCUGCAUAAUAUCCUUGUGCUUUAUAGAGAUACGAGUUACGACUGCAGUCAGCAUCAUGGCUUCGUAUUUUAAUUUUCUUGAAGGUUAUUAACAUCAUUAGAGACAAAAAAAAAAUGGUGAGUUGAUCCUUUACUUUUUUUUAUUUAUUGUUAAAUGAAUUUAUAACAAGUAGGUGACGAUGCAUGAGUUUAGACCAUACCCAGAGCAAGCAUCAAUUCGUAGUAGGAUGAUUGAUCUUUGAGAUUCUCACAGAAUGCAUGAUGUAUCCACCUGAAAAUAGAUGAAUUAGUUAUUAUGAUGAUUAUGAAUUUCAUGUCA